AUGAUUUGGCAACAGGAAUGUUUGGUUAUAGUUAUGCUUACUAACACUAUUGAAGCUGGCAAGAGAAAAUGUACAAAGUACUGGCCUGAACAGGGACAAUGCUGCAUGUAUGAUGUAUACAAUGUUGAAACUGUUAAAGAGGUUGAUUGUGGCUCGUAUGUUUUAAGAACAAUACAUAUUGAAGAAACCAAAAAUGAAUAUGCAACGGUAUUAAGGAAGAUUCAGCAAUUCCAAUACAAAGAAUGGUUAGAUGAAAAUGUCCCUGUAACCACCGCACAUUUGAUUCAAAUGCAGAAGCAAGUAAACACAAGUCUUUUCGAUGGAAAACAAUUUCCAAUUGUUGUACAUGGCAGUGCUGGAGCAGGUCGUACUGGGGUGUACAUAGGGUUGGAUAUCUUACUCAAUGAAACAAAGUCAAAGAAUAAAGUUAAUGUGUUCAGGACUGUGCUAAACAUGAGAAGGCAAAGGAUGGAUAUGGUGCAGAACUUGUGCGGAUACGACUUAUCUCAUGAGAGACUUUUCCAUGAAAACAAACCCCCCGUUGAACGAGGUUAA